UAACUCUUUUUCCUCUUCCCUAAUGCUUUUAGGUUCUUUGAGCACUUUUUUAUUCCUCAACUCUAUAGCAUUAAGGUUCUCUUUAGGGUUGGGAAAGGGUUGAGAAGGCAGCCUAUUGUUCAUUUGAGCUUGCAUAUUACUAAUCAAAGUUUCAGAGGCUGUUUGUCUUUCUUGAAGUUGCUUAAGACUUAUGUCAACCGAAGUAAAUUUAUCAUCCAUCUUUUUAAGCACUUGUUCUAACAUCUGGGUUGCCCUAUCUUGCUGGGGAGGUGGAUUAUUAGAAAAAUUCAGAUUAUUACCCCUCGGAGGACCAUAACGCAGAUUUGGAUGGUCUCUCCAACCCUCGUUAUAAGUGUUAGAAAAAGGAUCAUACUUCUUUUGGUUGUUAUUAUUGAAAAACAAAGCAUUGACUUCAGGAUUUUGGAGUGUUGGACACGCAUCAGUAGGAUGUCCUUCCAAGCAACACACUCCACAAGGUUUACCCUUACUACCCCCUAUAUUACCCACAACAAGUUUAGAAAUAGCAUCAGUUAAGGCAGAAAGCUUAUAUUCUAAAGAAGAUGAAUUCCCUAUCUCACUAACCGGCCUCACGACAGUAUCUCGAGUUCCAAAUUGUUGGGUAUUUUGGGCAAUGGUAUUAAAAAGCUCCCUCGCUUGAGCAGGGGUUUUGUUCACUAAUGCACCACCGCUAGCGGCAUCAACAAUGCCCCUCUCGGUAGGCAAGAGUCCUUCAUAAAAAUAUUGGAUUAACAAUUGCUCAGUUAUUUGAUGUUGAGGACAUGAACAAACAAGCUUAUUAAAACGCUCCCAAUACUCAGAAAAGUUCUCCCCAUUCAAUUGUUUAACCCCACAAAUCUCUUUCCUAAUCGACCCAAUCCUAGAUGCCGGAAAAAAUUUCUCAAGAAAAGCUUUAUGAAGGUCGUUCCACGUGGUGAAAGAUCCAGCUGGCAUAUAGUAAAGCCAAUCUUUGGCCUUAUCGGAAAGGGAAAAAGGAAAGGCUCUAAGUCUGAUUUGGUCUGGAGAGACUCCUUCAGGCACCAUUGCACCACAAGUGAUCAUAAAUUCAGAUAUGUGCCUAAAAGGAUCCUCUCCAGGAAGACCAUGAAACUUAGGAAGUAAAUUGAUAAAUCCAGAAUUAAGUUUAAGGGGUUUUUCCAACUCACCAUAAGUGAUGGAAAUAGGUUGAAUGGUCAAGUCAGAUUUCCAUGAACUUCUCAAACCAAUGACGUUUUUUCUAUUCACAUAGAAAAACACAACGUAUUUUCAAUAGAUCAAGAAUUGUUUAUUGCACUUAAACAAUCUCAAUUUAAAGAAAAUGGAAAACAAACAUAUAACCUAACAAAAUCACUUUAUAACGAAUUCUAAGGAAAAUGAAUCAACUUAUGGGGCUAAGAAGUCCAAAAUCCUUAAAAUCAACGAACACAAGCACAACAAAGAAACACGUAUGAAUUCGGAGUUUAUUUAACUAUCUUAUGGAGCUAAAAUAGCUUCAACAAAAACCGAAUUCUACAUAAAACCUACUUAUGAAUUUGAAACAAUUCAACCAAUUUAACAACAACUCGUGCAAUAAUUGAAGUAAAUAAGAAAGAAUCAAUUCUCAUUCAUAAGGGAUUAUAUAUGAACAUUUAAAACAAGAACAUACACCCAAAAGAACACCAACCGUUAUAUUUUUUUGCCAGAUUUUUUUACAUGAACAAGUAACGAAAAAAAAGUGAUAAAUUGGAAAAAAAACAACACUUGAACAUAGAAACAACAAAAGAAUUGAAAAUUUAAAGGGUUGACUUCCGGAUUAAGUCCGGA